GCAAUUGCGGUGCUGGACAUGUGGAGAGUGGCACAGUGCUUCAUAGUUUUGUAGCAAUUAAAACGUUGCAUCAGUAGGAGGGUAAACACGACGGUCUACUUGCAGUAAAUCAAAUCAGCCCUAAGGCAGAGGAUCUUCGUUAAGCCCCGAUUUCGAAUUUACGAACCUUCGUGAAACUCGUGGUUUAUAAGGGUCUUCAUCUACCUUGUUUUCAGCCCCAUCGCCUGCACCAGCGAUCGUUGCGAGUUCGGUCUGCGGCUGUUUUUACUUUCUCCACAACUCGCAACUGCCUUACCCAGCCAAUUUCAACUCGCUUUCCAACAUUUGAGGAAUGCGAGAAAGUUCAUGCGUGAGAGAUCCCCUUUGCCUCUUAUUCGUUCUUCGCCCACAAUCCGUUUAGGAGAUUUGGCAAUGUAGCGCGCUUGUGAUAAACAGUAGCCGAAUAUAACUUCUUACUCCAAGAUGCAGGUUUGGGAAUACCGAUUGGGAAGGAAGACGCAUUUUCGGCAGCCUGGAUCUACGCGAGUGUCUGCUCAAUGUUAAUAUCUGCUGAAUUAGUAACCAUGCCGUCGUUGAUACAAUGGCUUUGGGCGGACUUCGCUAGAAAUGCUUUGAUGCGUAGAAUUCUGCUUGUUCAUUUUCUUACGUAGAAUCUCAACGCCGCCGUAAGCACUCCUUCUCGCUUCAGAGCCUCAUUGAUGAGCUUUCCCGAGCGUUCUUCCACAGCUUAUGGAUUACAUUUUCCUGUCCAAUUACUUAGCCCCUGCCAUGAUCUCCUUAUGUAGGAUGCCAGAGAGAUGAGAAGUUAAAAGUGGGAAAAUCUCGGUGAAACCGCAGGAGAGCACUAUCGACAUAAUGGAGGAUGGAACUGUGAAGCCGAAGAUGGCUGACGAGGUCAAGUACGGGUUACCCUCCGAUUCCGUUGAAACAUUGACAGGAGAGGCCCAGAAACAAUUCGAGCGAUUUGUUUCGGGUGCUCAUCAAAUGACCGCCUGUGCCCUCGCUGCAAUUGAAGCGUGCAGCGCUGAUGUUCCUCAAACUGCCCAUCUUUUAGAGCUCCUGGCAAAGCAAGGGAGUGACCGGCAAAAGAAGCAAGAAUGCUUAGAGUUAUUGCAGGCCGAUUUCGAGAAGCACAUGACUGAGUACGAAGAAGAAGAGAAAAAGUGCAUGCAGAAUUUGUGGGGAUCGAUGAGCAUGCAACAGCAGGACAUCCAAGUUCGCCUCGAAAUCGGCAACCAGUUGCAUAAGUUGAGGCUGCAGCAGAAACAGAAGGUGGGUGAAGCGUUGCUAUGGCUGGAGAUCAUGUCUGGGCCUCCUCCCUGACGCACACAGUUAGGCAGUAUUAUCAACCCUUGACUUACCCAUCGCAAAACUUGUAGGAAAAUAGCAGCUCGCUCAAUUCGGAGACAGUCUAGAAUCUGUGCAGAUUUUGUCUCAGUAGCCUCACCAAGCUAUAUAUUAGAUUGUAAGAUUGUAUUGUAGAGUUUGGGUGGAUGUAUUAGUUCAGAAAGGGCCAGCAUUUGCUUGCAGACUCUGAGCACACAGCAAGCCACGAGCAUGUCAUUUCGGCAAUCGACCUUCCCUGAAGGUGAAACUAGAAUUUUGUGUAGAGAUUUUUGUUGAAUCCAUGAGUUAAUCUUUAUGUUUAUACUAAUUUAAUGAAAGUAACUAAAUAAAUUAGAUUUGUUGAAAUUGUAACAA